CUGUACGCCGGCGUGUGGGGCAACCUGGUGGGGGUGGCCCCCUCCUCAGCCAUCUUCAUGGCCGUGUACGAGCCGGUGAAGCAGGCCGUGAUGAGGCGGGUGGGCGAGCAGCAGUCGUACCUGGGGCCGCUGGCGGGCGGCGUGGCUGCGGGCCUGGCCUCCUCCCUGGUGCGGGUGCCCACAGAGGUUGUGAAGACGCGGAUGCAGACAGGCGAGUUCACCCACGCCUUCACCGCGCUGCGCACGAUCCUGGCGCGGGAGGGGCGGCGCGGCAUCUUUGCCGGCUACGGCUCCUUCCUGCUGCGCGACCUGCCCUUUGAUGCCAUCGAGUUCUGGGCCUACGAGAUGAGCAAGAAGGGCUACCAGGCCACGGUGCUGCGCGGCGAGCGCGACCUGAACCCCGCCGAGCACUCUGUGUUUGGGGCGGUGGCGGGCGCCUUCACGGGCCUGGUCACCACGCCGCUGGACGUGCUCAAGACGCGGCUCAUGCUGCAGGGGGCGUCAGGCCAGUACAAGGGAGUGGUGGACUGUGCCACCAAGAUCAUCCGGGAGGAGGGGGCCGCCGCCAUGUUCCGGGGCUGGGAGCCUCGCGUCGUGUGGAUCGGCAUCGGCGGCUCCGUCUUCUUCACGGUGCUCGAGGCCUCCAAGCGCUUCUACGCGCCCAAGCCCGCGCAACCACCCAAGCCCUGCUGCGAGGGCAAGGGCAAGAAGGGCAAGAAGGAGGCCGGGGCCAAGGCCUGA